GGUGGCAUUUGAGAUAGUCUGGAGAGUAUGGAGCAAUGACCUCCCUUGAACAGAGCUGGUUAAGGAAGCGACACAGUUAUUUAAAUGUUCAGGUUUUCAUUUAGCAGUUUAUUGCUACAUAUUGCAAUUACAAUUUUAGCAGCUACCUGCUGCUUGGAAAAAAAGCAACAGCAGCUGGCCGAAACUAAAUACAAGCAGGACUUAUGGAGGUGUGAACGAACAGAGAAAAAAAAAAUCAGAGCUCAAGCCAGCGUUAACCUUCUUCCCUGUAAUGAAAAGCACUGAUUGAAAUGGUAGGUGAUAGCCUAGAUUGCUGGACUGCUCAUUGCUCACGUUUUGACAGAGAGCUUCUAGUUUCACUGCCACUUUUGUGUGUGGGACACAGGAUAAACACACAGGUACACCCGCUCAGGGUGCCAGCAGGGUGGGAAUGGUAAUAAAAUGGAGUACUCUGGAAUCUUACUUCUCCAGGGUUCGUUCUUCUCUUUCUGACUUGGUUCAUGCUAUAUAUUAUAGCUGACUUAAUUUUGUCUUGCUGAUGAAUACCAUAUGAGUGUGAAAGAGCGCACUGGCUUUUUUAAUAGCUUUUCAGCAUAGCAGAAGAGUGAAAGGGAGAUAGUCUAUUGGAAGUCACAGCACGUUACUUGGGAAGAGGUAUGGGACUAAGGAAUUAAGAUAGACUGGGCAAGAUAAAUAAUUUUCUAAAACUAUUUACAUGAUUUCAUUAAUCACGUUGUUUUGUUUUGUGUUAACUUGGUGAAAGAAUGUCAGUGCCUUGCAAAGGAAAAAGGCUGUUGUUGAAUUUUCAUCUUGGCAGAUGUCUAGAGACCUAAUUACAGUUAACAGCAGGAAGAACUUUUUAUCUAAAUAUUUUUCAAUAUAUAAAGUGCAAUUUUGGAUCGUAAUAAGCAGUUUAUAUUGAAAUAAUACACACCCCAGGUACCCAAUUCCUUUUAAAGCAAGACAGGAUUUCUAAGCUUCUCAUGUUAAAAUUGGGAAAAAUUGUUUGGUUUUACUUGUGCUACAAUGGAGAGAGAAAGUGGGCGAGUGCUGUUUGCGAUUCGGGUGCAAGGAUGGGAGUCAAGUGAGAGGAUGUCUGUUUCUGCCUUUGGAAUUAGUUUCCUGUGUAAUGUUUUGUAAAUCACACAGCUUUCUAAAAACAUUUUCUCAGUUUUAAAAUGAAAAUUGCAGUUCUCUAGUUUUGAAGAGGUGCUUGAAGCUUAGAUCCUUUGUGCUUGUUAACAGUAUUGGUGAGAUUUGCUGAUGAGUAAAGGCACUUUCACUGAAGAUCUAGCUGUUAAAUCUGCUAACAAACAACAUCAGCAAGCCUUGCUGAGAGCAAGCUUGCAAUUUACUUGUAACAGAGCAUGCUGGUAAACACUGAUAAAGCUGCAGAACACUCUUAGAAUACCCGCUGUAUUUUUUUUUCAUGUAUUUGAGAACUUCUUUCAUUUUCCUCUCAUUUAAUCAAAUUUUCUAAAGGCUUACCUUGCAAAUAAUUUACUCCAAUGUAACCCGGGUUCUAGCAGUAUAAAAGGAUCUUUGUCUGCAUGACUGUUUCGUCUGUACUAUGUAACUAGGAAGUUACUUUUGGUACUUCUCUCGGAUUCAGCAAUAAUUUAAGGUGAUAGCAUUUCAGUGAAGUUGUGUGUGGCUGGCUGUGCUGAACUACUGUGGCCCCAUUCCAGCUUUUUCCUGUGCUGCUUUGCACCCUGCCCCUGCGGGCCACGCUGUUUACUUUCUGCUCUGUGGUAAAUGGAUGUCACUUCCUUGAUUAAAAUGCUGGUGCGCCGCCAAAUUCUCUUCCUUUGGGCUCGCACGCUUGGAGAAGCAGCGCACCUAGCAAGCGCACGCACUGCUGAAUCCAGUUGUGUGCCACCACUCCUUGAUCUGGCUCCUGGCUGGAUGUGUUGGGUUGUGCUGUCUCCUGCCUCCCGGGGCACCUGGCAUUGACACGUAGAGGCUUUUGAAGGCAUCUCCGAGGUGGAGAAGCAGAGAUGCAGCUGUGCCAUGCUGUAUUAAAGAGGGUCUGAAGAUGGAUUACCAGGAGGCACAAGCUGAACUACCAGCUGUGUGCUGUCCGCAGCCGACGGGGAAGGUCUAGACGGCGUACGGGCACGGGGUGCCAGAGUCACCUGCUCUGCUCGGGGAAAGCAGCCCAAGGGUGUGAGCAUGCGGGUGCUGCGCAAGUGCAGCUGCUUGCCCUCACGUGCCUGACAGCGUAGGCACUCUUGGAUACGCAGAAGCCUGACCAAGACGCCACAAAAACUUACCUGGACACUCGGUUGGGUGCAGAUUGACCCAAAUAUUCUGUCCUCUGCCUUCGUAGCUGGCCAGUUUCUCACCUGUAAAGCUUUAGACUGACAUCAAAGUUGCUGAUCAGACUGUUACUAUGUGGGCAAGCUGCUGUAACUGGUUUUGUCUGGAUGGCUCACCUGAAGAGAUGCAGCCACAGCCGCAGCCAGGAGCCAGAGCCCAAGCCUAUUCCAACCCCGGGUACAGCUCCUACCCGUCUCCCACUGCUUCUGAACAGAGCUGCAAGGCGUGUGGGGUGCACUUCGGCAGCUCCUCGAGGAAGCACAUCUGCUUGGACUGUAAGAAGAAUUUUUGUACGUCCUGCUCAAACCAGCCUGAAGGUGGGCCCCUUCUCUGCCACCUGUGCCAGCGUUUCCGAGCCACAGCUUUUCAGCGGGAAGAGCUAAUAAAGAUGAAGGUUAAGGAUCUGCGAGACUAUUUGGCACUCCGUGAGAUUUCCACAGAGUUGUGUCGUGAAAAGGAGGACCUGGUAUUUCUGAUUCUUGGCCAGCAGCCUGUAAUUACCCAGGAAGAUCAGAUAAGAACAAACCCGUUUAAUACUAGUGUCUCUGGACAGCAAGACUUUGUGAUUCUCCCACCAACCAGCAUAGCAUCUUCUACCUCACAUGAUGCGUCUCCAGGGUCUGCCGAUCCCAUCUCAAGCUCACUAGCUCAGGAACAUCAGCAGGGAAAUGGUUAUGUGCCUCCCAGCCAAGUCGGUAUGACAGGAGUUGAGAAUGCAGCAGAAGCACCGACAGAGGAGGAGACACAGUCUACAGACUCAGAAGAUAACCUGGUGCAGGGGAGGAAGGCUUCUCUUUCCGAUCUAACAAGCAUCGGUGACAUUGACACACUCUCUGUGCGACAGCUGAAGGAAAUUCUUGCUCGCAACUUUGUCAACUACAAAGGCUGCUGUGAAAAGUGGGAGCUGCUAGAGAGAGUGACUCGUCUUUAUAAAGAGAAAGACCUUCAACAUCUAGGUAAGAAACUUAGCAAACCUGCCUGUUUUCCAGGUUUUCCCUUUUUAGGGACAAUGGCAGAAGGAUAUAGAGCUUACCUUAGAUUUCUGUUUCGUAGUGUGACGCAUGUUGGAGUAGCUGAGCUCUGUUCACCACUGCUUGUACUGGAGAGGGUAGCUGGAGGUACUGGUAGCUCGGAGAGUGACUUCCCUGUAGUAGCAACAAAGGAGAACUGCGCACCCUUCAUCGCGGGGUUCUGUAGAGCCCUGGCAGAUCACGCUGGUCACCGUGGCACCCACAGGACAAGCUGAUGCGUGACUGUCCAUGGGUGACUGUAGGUGCUGGGUGGGCGCCUACCCAUUGGCUCACGGCAAAGCCAGCAGGAAAACGCUGCAGAAAGCAGCCAGGCAGCUCCGGGCGGGCAUGUGCGCAGGGAUGGCGGCUCCUGCUGUGGAACAGCUGUGGUUAUCGGUGGUUUGGCUCCGUCCUCUUCAUCACAAGGGUGUUCUUUCUACCUGCUCUUGCUGAGCCUGCGCUUUGACUGAUGAGGGGACAGUGGCGUAUGGAGAAUGUAUCUGGUUUGAAUUUCAGAUGCCAGUUUGCAGUUCUAGGUGACUAGUUUAAAAAUACAUAUACAUGUAAAUAACUUACAAGAGAAACGCAUUUUGACACUUUGGUUUCAUAGGUAGGUUUGUUCCUCAGUGUUGUCCAAAGAAGUGGUGUUUUCUUAACCACAUCUCGCUAAGCUCUGUCCUCUAUGAAUGGUAACAGACUUAAGACAACUGCUUUGGAUUUAUAUUCUCUCAUUGUACCUUGUGCUUUUGACAGAGUUUAUCCUUUUCUCUUAAUCAGCUGCCUGCACAUGUCGCAGCUGUGCUCAGCAAUAUCGGUGAGGUUGUGGAACAGCAAAGAAACGGGCACAAGGGGCUACUGAACAGUUCUGGCGUAGUUCUGUGAAGCCAGACACUGCACACAUUUGGAGACUGUCUUAAAAAUUGAGACAUUGCUUUAGAUAGUUGCUUAUCUUUGUGAAGCGCUAGCUGUUGUGAAAGCUCGGUAACAGAAAGUUUCUUGCCAGUUGAACAACAGAUCCUGAGCAGGGAUCCAGCCUGAACCUCUGCGCGGGGAUCAGCAAAAAGCAGUUUUGGUUUAGUAAUCUCCCUUCAAGGUAAUUUGCCACCCUCCUCCCCGCUUCUCUUAUUCUCACCAAAUAACUUUCUCUUCUUACGUUGCAGUUUCUGACACCGAUGAUCAAACUGGUAAGUGAUAUUCUUCAUCAUAGAAUCCUUUAGGUUGUAAAAGACCUUUACCAUUGAGUCCCACUAUGAGCCCAGCGCUGCCAAGUCCACCGCUAAACUGUGUCCCCAGGCACCACAUCUAUGCUUCUUUUAAUUACCUCCCGGGACGGUGACUCAACCACGUCCCUGGGCAGCCUGUUCCAAGGCUUGACAACCCUUUCCGUGAAGUUUUUCCUAAUAUCCAACCUGAGCCUCCCCAGCGCAACCUGAAGCUGUCUUCUCUCAUCCUAUCACUUGGGAGAGAGGCCCAUGUUGCUUCGUUUGCCUCAGUGCUAAGAACGUCAGUGGUAUUUCUGCUUUCAUUGCACAAAUUCCUGUGUAAAUGCUAACCUUCUGCUCCUUGCCAGCUGACGGAGCCAGUACUCCCUUUGUGUCUACACUGGAUAAUUCCCGCGCCCCCCCCCCCACCCCCCCUUCAGUGCGCCAAAGUACCUUAGGGAAGUCCUUUGGUAAAGCCAGCUCCCAGAUUGCACAGAAAUGACAUUUGUCUCAUGCAAACCAUGGUUUCUCCUUU